AUGUUACAAUUGCCUGUAAGAACUGCCAAAAAGCAAAAAAAAGAUGUUCCGACAAUAACCAAAACUUACCUUGCAAAAGAUGUGUCUGAUGAUGAUGAUACUCUUUCGGAAAAAUAUAAAAUAGAACUUAAUGCGGUCGCGGGAUUAAGGGAUGCAUUCCCUGACAAGUGUUUCGAUUCGAUAAUGAAAGUUCUAACUGCCACUAGCAAAAAAACAUGCCAUAAUGAAGCUAAUCAUAGUUGUCACGCAGGUUGCUUUGUUGUAUCAACGGAUUAA